GAACCGCACUCAGAGCGUUUCAUCUGGCACGCGCGCACCUCCCGCCUCCUUCCGAGGGAGGACGCUAGAAUCAAAAGACACGUUCAAAAUCGGGGGGGGGGGGGGGUUCUCCUCUGCGUGUCACAUGGAAGCACAGUAGCCGAGCCGAGGGGAUGCGAGUGCGGAUGGAAGGGGCUUGAGGGACCGCGGAGGAGAACAACCUGGGGGAGCACAUCGGAGAUCCAGCGGCGGCACAAAGGCGGGUCCGACCCGUCCCGGCCUCCCUUCUGGCUGGGGAGCGAGAGGGUGCGCGGGCAGGGCGCACGAGCUGGUCGGCGGGCGCUCAUCGGGUGUCACAUGCAGAAUGCUGCAUUCCCGUUUGGUGGAGCCCGACAACGUCAAGUUCUCGCCUUCGAUUGAUUGUGCACGCGGGGAGCGCCAUGGUCCAAGGGGGAGCGGACACUGAAGGAAGCGACCGGGGUUGACGCUGCGCCCCCCCCCCCCCCCCCAAAAAAAAUCUCCAAAACUGAAUCCCAGAGAGGCCGUGGCACUUCCCUGCGUGGAUGAGUUGGAAGGUCGUGUGUGUGUGUGAGUGUGCGUGUGUGUGUGUGUGUGAGAGCAAGUGAGCGCCAGCGCUCCCACAUGGCCUCCAUGCAGGACGGGCUUAUCUUCACGGCUCCUCCCUACGGCAAGGUCCUGCUGCUGGGUGCUAUCGCUGCCGCCUCAGCCUUUGUUGUCACCAUCCUCAUCGUGGUGCUCUGCGUGGGCUGCCAGAGGAAGGGGAAGACACACAAUGUUCCCAGUGAGGGUGGAAAAAACCGUCUCAUGGACAUGGGUAUACUCAAGCAGUCAAAGCUGCGGUCCAUCAGUAAAUCCGGCACUGAGAUGAACAAGAUGAACUGCAAUGGCAAAAGCAGGCAGCUUCCCCAGGUUCCCCCCGGAGAGGACGGGGAGCACACUUACUCUGAGGUGGGCCGAGGCUCCUCCGCCACACGUACUGACGAUGCCAUGUACGCCAUGGUAGGCAGGGCCGGGCAGACGGACACGCCGGCCCCUCCGGCCGUCCCCGCCAACACCCCGGCGCCCCCGGACCCGGACGGCGACGUGGAGGGAGGGCUGCCCGAAUCCGAGUCCGAGGUCAUGUGCCCGCCUCACCCUCCGGAGACGGCCGAGUACGCCUGCGUCCGGAAGCUGAGGAAGGCCGAAAAGGCUCCCCAGAAGAGAGACAGCGGGACGGACAUGGGGGAGCCGCCGGCGCCACCUCCACGCCACGCCCCGCCGUCUCACCCCGCCCCUCCCCCGCCUCACCCGCACAGCACCAAGUUGCCCCGAAGAAACGUGGACGCCUUCAGUGUCCCGGCGUUCCCAAAGCGCUUUCAGCUGCAUCUCAUCUCCAUGACAACUGGGCAAACUCCAUACGCUGAUGAAGACCAUGAGAUGCAGUUGAAAGUGGAAAAGCUAGAAGUGAUGUUUAUGGGCAACGGAGAGCAGUACAUCUGGAAGCCUCCAGAGGAUGAGGAGAUGCUCGUGCACCAAAAUAAAGCCCUGGGACCUUUGGGUGCUCACCCAGUGGAGAAUAUACAGCCCUCUGCUGCUGUGGUGGCUGAGAUGUACUCCAAGGUGUGCAAGCCCGGAAAGAAGAAACGAGCGGUUCCCGUGUCUCCCCCGGCCAACCCAGGCUUCCGGACCCUGGGUCGCGGCGACCGGGACGGGGGCUUCAGCGUCGUGGUCAAACCCCAGACGUGGGCCCUCCAGGACGGCAAAGCCGUGGGAGGGCCCCUCGACGACCACUGCUACGAGUCCAUCGGGACGGAGGAGUGCGACCUGGCCUACGACAACGCGGAAGGCGGCGGCGCGUGGAAGCGGGAGAGGCCCCCCAACACGUGCGCCACCCUGCGGCCGCGGCGGAAGAAAGCCCAGCAGCCCUUGCAGCAGCAGCAGCCCCCUCCCCCGCCGCCGACGCAGCAGACCCCCAAGCUGCAGCACCUGCCCGCCAAAGCCCUGCUGCUGCCGGGGGAGAACCUGUACGAGAGCAUCGGCGACCUGAAGCAGGGCUCCGCCACCUCCAGCACCACCACCAUCUUCACCUUCAACGACGGCAUGGAGAUGUACGUGACGGGGCUCUGAGGCGCCGGCUACGCUGUGACCCCCCC